CACAUACUCGCAACACCACCACUUCACACCACUUCACCUCUGGGGCAACCUUAUCAGAUCAGCUUGCAGUUGUGAAAUUCAAGUCCAGUUGUCAAGAUGCGUGUAUUGUUCCUUAUAGUCCUGUAUGCUGGAUUGUGCUACGCCAGCUCUGACAGUGACCAAGAAAACAUAGAGAUUCUAAUGGAUAAUGUUCUGGUCCUGAGAGUGCCCUAUGGUCUGGGUAGCCGUGUGUAUGUUCCUCUGACCUGUGGAGAAGCUUAUCAAAACCAGCCUGUGGUUUGGAAGAAAAACGGCGAGGAGAUUGAACCAGCUCUGCAGGGGAACCAGGUCAAGGUCCUGGUGGAGGAGAUGAAUGGAGGAAACUACACUUGUCACCUUGGUCCAGACGGAGAAUACCUCAACCACACUGUUAUCCUGAUCCAACUAGAUCCAGACAACAGGACUGUCAUUCUGGAAGAAUUCCCUGAAGAGGGUCCAGGUCACAUCUACUGUUCAGCCCCCAACUAUAACGGCUCCUUCCACUGCACCUGGAGAAGAUCACCUACCAGAUCCAACGCUGCUGUGCUCCUGGUGAAGGCAGAACGUAAUUCAGAAAAGAUUCCAUGUGAGCUGGAUGCUGAUGGAUCAGGAAUUCACUGCAAGGAUGCCAACUGCCCAUACAAAGAGGAACAGCACCGUGUCUUCUUCACCAUCUACAUACACAGCGACUCUCGCCUCGAGGCCUACACAAAGACUUUCUACCUGAGAGAGAUUGUGAGGCCAGCAAAUCUCCAUAACCUGCGCAUCACUGAUGGGAAGGAGUUCAGCUGGAACUACCCUGAAUCCUGGGCUAAGCCCUGCACCUACUUUGGUCUGCAGUUCCAGGUCAAGGUGGUCCAAAAAGGACUUCCCUGUGACAGUAAAAAUAAAAUAAUGAAUGACACCACUGAGAAAACGACAUAUAAGGUCAACAUCAAACCCAAUAAGUAUGUUUUCUGUGUGCGAGCUCAAGACAAAUUCACCAACGGGCCAUUUAGCCACUGGAGCCGCUGCAUAGUGGAUAAACAUACACAGGUCUGCUAGCUUCUGUCACUGGACUGAAGCCAUAGAGGAUGGAAGAACACCAGGAUGCAAGAAAACAUUUUUCUAACUCCCAUUUUUUAAAAGCAAUGCACAAAGUGCUGUGCUUUGGGAGUGAAAGUAUACCUGUACAGUAUUUAUUGAUCACUUAUUUAAGUUGUCUCUAUGGAACUACAGUAUAAUGUUAAGCCUAUUAUUUGUAAUAUGAUUGAAAUAAAGUACUCAUUCCUUUA